AUGUCCCUCAACGAUGACAGCUGCUCUCCAGAGGAGAUGCAAUCCUUCUACGAUGGGAUUGGACCCGACUGGACCGGGGUCGAAACUCCCGAGUUUCAAGCCGCUUUCCUAGGCGUAAAUGCCUCCUAUUGCACAGAACCAAUAGGACAACCCAGCAUCCUGACCCCAGUCAGUCUUCCCGACAACUCAUUCCGACCAAGUCCCGCUCUGAGCCAUCACUCGCAAGAAUAUAUCCCAGAAUAUCAAUACAGCAAUUCUCUAGCCCCACAAGGCCUAGGAAUCACCGCUCCCUUCGCAUCCGAUUUUCCUGUUUCAUCAGCCCCAGAUGCAAGCUACAUAUACGCCCCGGAUGAUCUUAAUCUCGACUAUGGCCAAUCCUCCACCCCGGGCAUUUCACCACAAGUUCCUGCGCCUAAGCGCGCGAGACGCGCAUCUUCACAACCCCAGCCUAAAUCCACCCGUGAUACUCCAAUCAAUAUCCUUCCCCAUCCAGAGGGCAUGGAGCGCAUGGAGCGCGAGCGGUUGAAUCCUCGGCCCCCGACACAGCUACACCCCCGUCCCAGGGCCCCCGGUAGGGGCCGCCGGGAUCCACAGGCCAUGGAAGAAGAUGCAUUUGUGGAGGAAUUGCGGGAGCAGAAUACAGCGUGGAAGGUUGUACGGGAGCUAUUUCGGGAAAAAUUUAACAAGGAUGCUACGGAGGCGCGGUUGCAGAUGCGAUUGAAACGUCGACGCGAUCAACGGAAUACGAACUGGGAAGAUCACGAUAUCCAGCUUCUUAUGACGGCUAGUGGGAUGUGGGAGAAGGAGAAGUAUCGAUUUAUAGCGGAUAAGAUGAAGGAACUCGGGGCUACAAAAGAAUAUACACCUGAUCAAUGCAGAUUUCAAUUGCGACUUAUAGAAACGAAGCAACAUCGUCUGAAUACGAGUGCAUCACCCUCCGCCAUGACCGAUCCUCCUCAGUCACCACCCGCGCUAACAAGAAAACGAAAGCGAGCGCGGCCUCACUCAUUGGACCCGGAGUAA